AUGGGAUACGGCGGCACCGAUGCCGACGAGCGGUCGACGCCGCGCGACGAGUAUAAUAGUAGCAUUGACUUGAGCGAAGAUGAACUUUCAAUUGUACCCAAAGGCACCCUGGAUCCCGUCUACGAAUCCAAGGCUCGUCUUUUGAAUCGCGCGAUUCGAGAGAUUGGCAUGGGAUGGUACCAAUGGCAGCUUUUCAUCGUUGUUGGAUUUGGCUGGGCUAGCGACAACCUUUGGCCCAUUGUUACGUCACUGAUUCUCCCACCCAUCGCAAAUGAGUUCAAUGUCUCGCGGCCGCCACUUUUCACGCUCGCGCAGAACAUUGGUCUCCUAGCUGGUGCUGUCUUUUGGGGGUUUGGAUGCGACGUUUUCGGCCGCAAAUGGGGCUUCAAUCUGACUCUAGGCUUGACAGCUGUCUGGGGACUGAUUGCCGCCAGCGCUCCGAAUUUCGCUGCUGCGGGUAUAUUUGCUGCCUUUUGGUCGUUUGGUGUUGGUGGCAACCUCCCAGUUGAUUCUGCCAUCUUCUUGGAAUUUCUGCCGCAAUCUCACCAAUAUCUUCUUACUGUUCUCUCGUUGGACUGGGCUUUGGCACAGGUUAUUGCCAACUUGGUAGCCUGGCCCCUUUUGGGGAAUAUGACCUGCGAUGAGAAACAAAAGCCAUGCCUACGCAGUCAAAACAUGGGCUGGCGGUAUUUCGUCAUUGCAAUGGGUGGCUUGACCCUCAUCAUGUUUGUGAUCCGAUUCUUGCUCUUCAAAAUCUACGAAUCACCCAAGUAUCUGGUUGGCAAAGGCCGAGACGAGGAAGCUGUUCGCGUUAUCCACGAGGUUGCGAAGCGGAACGGCAAAACGGUCUCUCUAACUGUCGAAGACUUGAAGGCUUGCGAGCCUGAGGGAUAUGUUGCCCAGACGAAUGCCACUGCUGCAGUAAAGCGAAACCUCGAAAAGGUUGAUCUCAAGAAGAUCAAGGUGCUGUUCUCUACCACGCGAAUGGCUCUUAGCACCGGUAUGAUGAUGGCUAUCUGGGCUUUGAUUGGACUUGCAUAUCCUCUGUACAAUGCGUUCCUGCCUUACAUCCAGGCUAGCAAAGGCGCAGAGUUUGACGACGGUAGCACGUACAUCACUUAUCGAAACAGUCUCAUCAUCUCUGUCCUUGGCGUUCCCGGAGCGCUACUGGGAGGGUUACUUGUCGAGUUGCCACGAAUUGGCCGAAAAGGCACGCUCUCUAUCUUCACCGCUCUCACCGGAGUCUUCUUAUACUGCUCUACCACAGCUUUGAACAGUACCGCCCUUCUGGGAUGGAACUGUGCAUUCAACUUCUGCAGCAAUGUCAUGUACGCGGUACUUUACGGCUACACGCCGGAGGUCUUCCCGACACCCCAGCGUGGAACUGGUAAUGCUCUGACUGCGACUUGCAACCGUGUCUUUGGAAUCAUGGCACCUAUUGUUGCAAUGUUUGCGAAUCUCAAGACGGCGGCCCCUGUGUAUACGAGCGGAGCCUUGUUUAUUGCUGCGGGAAUCAUGGUUUUAUUAUUACCGUUCGAGUCGAGAGGAAAAGCGGCACUCUGA